AACAAAAAGAAAAUAGUCACGAGUCAGAUAACCAAUCAUCAAGAGCUUCGUUUUCUCAACAAUCCAUGUUUAUGGAAGAAAGAAGACAAAAAGAUAUCAAUUUGGGUAAUCGAGAAGUUAACGUAAAUAUUUCCAAGAAUUGCAAAGUUCUUACUGGAAAUUCUGCAACCAGCGUACACGAAGAUACUGAAUUAAGACAGGAAUAUAUUGCUAUUAAAAAUUCUCUUCAACGUAUUGACAGAACAUUGUCAGAUAAAUUUCAACGGAUUGAGAGAACAUUGUCAGAUAUAAAAUUUGACAUGAAUCAUCUAACGGAGCAAUAUCAAGUUAUAAGUAACUUGAAUUUGAAUGUUGACAAGCGUCUGAUACAUUAUCGUAGUCCUACGCCAGAUGACGAUUUGAAUAAAUUGUCUUUUCCUUUGCAAACUAUAGAGGAAAUCGAAUCUUUGCAAGAGAUUCUUACAAAAAAAGAAGGACUAAAAGAACAUAUGUUUAACAAAUUGGCAGCUAUUGGUGGUUGCAGCUAUGAAGAAAUGUCAAAAAGGAUGCUAAUUUUUGUUUUUACAAAUGAAGUAGCCAGUUUGUACAGUUAGGUGGGAGGAAAAGGAAAACGAAAACUUAAUAAUUUGGAAACAAUAAAAAUAAUGUUCAAAGUCAUCAGGAAGACAUUCCCGAAUGUUACCGAAAAAGAAUUUGAAACCAAAUGUAAAGAUUGGUUUAGACAUGCCAAACACAGACAUGAAAAUGAAAAACGACGGCAAAGUACUGCAAAGGAAUAAUCAGAUGUAUUGUUAUCAUAUUAAACAGGAGGCAAUAAGAGUUCCCGUAAAACUUAAUUUCUCUUCCUCGCGUUGCUCUCGUACCAUUUUGAUCGUCCGAUUUUGAUACAUGCAUGCGUCAUAUUUAUUUGUUAAUCGGCUUUUUUAUGUUCUGAAUUGAUUGGUGCAAUUUGUAUUUAUUGUGCGAAGUAUGACAGGAGCCACAAAGGGGAAAUUGAAGGUACAAGGUUGCUUAGUUCUUAAAGUAAGUUAAGAGAGUGAACAGCAUUUAAUAAAAAAAAAUCAAUUCUUUUUUAUCUUCAAAAAGUAUAAUGUUUACGAAAUUUUUAUCAAUAUUUUGUCAAGUUAACAUUAUCAAACAGGCUGUUUAUCUUACUUAAAUCUUGAAUCAGAAAUUCUUUUAUUUUCUUGCUGUUGUGUGAUGAUUGAAGCGAAAGGGAAUGGAUCUCUGUUUGAUUAACUUUGUGUUAUACGACGACAAAUCGGAGAGGUGUAUUGCUGUUUCAUUGCUGUUAAUACUGCGUUCUAG